AAAUGGAACCUAAAGCAUAUUUAAACUUGAUUUUACUGGGGAAAAAACGAGCUGGGAAGAGUGUGUCAGGAAACACAAUACUGGGACGAGAAGCUUUCAUAUCAAGGAGAAGAUCUGGUUCUGUCACGCCUGAUAACACUGUUGAAUCUGGGACGGUUGAUGGAUUUCCAGUCAAUGUCUAUGACACACCAGGAUUCUGUGACCCAGAACUGAGUGAAGAUGAGAUUCAGCAGAAUGUUCUUCAGAGAUGUGAAUCAGGUCACUGUGUGUUUAUGCUGGUCAUCAAAGCUGAUAGUUUCACUGAAGAAGAGAGAAAAACUGUGGAGAAGAUUGAGAAGCUGCUGGGAGAAGAGCGCCUGAAUAAAACCUGGAUUCUCUUCACCAGAGGAGACGAACUGGAGGAAGACAACCUGACAAUACAAGAAUUGCUUGAUAGAAAUAAUGGGUUGAAGACACUUGUUGAGAAAUAUGAUCAGAGAUACCAUGUGUUUAACAACAAGAAGAGAGAAGCAAGUGACCAGGCUCGAUUACUGCUGGUAAACAUUCUCCAGAGAUCUUUGGGGUUAAGCGAGUAG